AUGGAGGUAGGAGGUAGCGGCGAUGGCGGAGGCGCCGUGGUCCCGGAAGCCCGGGAUUGUACCCGUGACCGCUGCCAAGAGCCGACCGCCGAUCAGCUGAACGACCCGGUCUUUCGCGGAAGGAUGAAGGCGAGAACGAGGGCCGCGAAAGCAGCAGCCGCCGCAGCAACGGCAAGCAUCGGCGGCAACCCUGCCAGUGGGAAUGGCGGUGGUUCCGCACUAACAGGCGCAAGGUGUCAACCCGACAAGAGAAUCCAUCAGGUCGGAUGGGUGGACGACGUCGGUCGAGGGCUGCAGGGGAAACGCGGCGGUGGCGGCGGCGUCGAACAGCGCCAAGCAGUGGGGUUCAACGGGUGGAUGUCGUCUCGACGGCAGGAUUGGGGCCUGGAUGACGUCGGCCUCCCGGCCGCACAGUCCCGCGGCGUCGGUUCCGCCGCACCUUCGGCAUCGCGUCUUUCGCGCUCCAAAACUGCGCCUUCGCCUUCCAAGUCGGGAGGAGGAGCAGCAUCGCCACCGCAGCCGCCGCCGCCACCCGCCCCUGCUGCUAGAGCGAAACCGACUGCGGAACGUUUGACUGGUCCUUCGCUAGGCGGCAAGAGCGGCGGAGCGAGAGCGUCAGCGGCGGUCGGGUUCGCCGGCGGCAGGGGCGCAAAGAGGGGGGCUGACGGUGGCAGUAGCGGCGGCGGCGAUGGUGGCAGCGGUUGCGGGUGUAACGGCGGCACUAGGCCGCGGAGUAUUGGCGUGGGCCCGCGGUCACACGCGAAAAAGAAGAGUCGAGGUAACAAGGAGGGCGUAGGAGAGGAUGCCGGGGCUGUGGCAGCGAUACCGGCUGUGCCGGCUGCCGCGGUGGGUUCAGCGGACUCGACACGGGCUGACAAAACUUUGACGUCGUCGCCGUCUCCCAGGCAGCGGAAGAAGACCAGCGGGUCGGUUCGGUGCCGUGAGGUAUCGCACGAAGGAGGACGCGGAAUACCUGCAAAGAAGUGCUGCCGUCAGCAGCGCGCUAGAAGCUCAGCAGCGGCGGUGGCGGUGUCACCCGUCACGUCUGCGGCACGCCAGCACCACCGGAGCCACGGUCCUAGAGGAGAGAAGAUGCUCCGACAAGCAAGCGUCCAGGCGGCAGGCACCGCCGCCGCCGCUCCCACUCCCACCACAGAGAAUGUUCGAGAUUCUCCCGCCGCGGCCGCUGCCGCCACCGCUGCCGGCAGGAUUGGGCCCUUUUUCGGGCUCAGCUUGGUGCUGGUGGGGCUCCCCGACGAUGUCCACCGGGAGGUCGACCGCACGAUUGUCGCCUGCGGCGGCCGAGUCUUGGAGGACUUGCCGCCGCCGAAAACACGGGGGGGGCUUGCGUUGCGACGGCCCGCCGCCGGUGCAGAGGUUGUCGUGGCCGCGGCCGAUGCCUCUCGCCGGGGACGGAAGAGGGACAUAGUCACCGCGGCAGCGUCGGCGGAGGGAAAGGAAGAUGUCGUGGUUGUCGUGUCCGUGCCGUCGGCGUCUCGAUUGCCGAGGUACGUGCUUGCCAUCGCGACGGGGACCCCGCUGCUCCACCACCUCUGGGUCAGCGACAGCGCGGCGGAAGCGCGGCCCCUCCCGGCCUCGCCGUACCUCUUGCCGGGGGCGCGGGAGGCUUCCAGGAGGCGGCAAGCCGCUUCUUCGGCCGGCACCGCCGCUGCAGGCAUGACGACGGCGGCGGCAAAGGCCGGCGGCGGCCACAAGGCGUCGCACGUUGCCCUGGCGAAAGCGGUCUCCAAGACGGGGACCCCGCUGAUGGGGAUGGCUAUCGGAGUCGCCCACCCGUCCCCGACGACGUGCGAGCGCUGGGCGCAGGUCCUCAGGGCGGCCGGGGCGCAGACCGUGCUGCGGGUCACCGGUGAUCCCCUCCUUGUUCUUCUUGCCCCCCGGGAGGAGACCGCCGUCGGGACGCGGACUAGUAGUCCGUCGAGGGGCACCUGGUCCUGCAGCCGAGGGAGGAGGACGGCGGGGGCGUCGUCAUCGUCGUCGUCGUCGCUACAGGCGGAGCAGCUGGCGGGCCUUGACUGCGUGCUGUGCGAUUUUCCGGGCGCGUGGAACGGUUCAGGCGGCGGCGACGACGGCGAGUGUCGUGCUGCCACCGGGCGGCGACCGGUGAGGGGCAACGGCGGCGUCCCCGCGAUCGCAGGCCGCUAA